AUGGAAGAAUCAAGGAGCAGGCUUGAGUUGCUUCCCGUAGAAUCGAUACAAGCUAUUCAGUGUCUCAUCGAAAACGUUCCUGAUCUAUUGUCCAUCAUUCUUACCUGCAAAGCCAUAUACAAGGCUUUCCUCUCGGCAGACGGACUGAUUCUUAAGCAAGUCCUCACUAAUGAGAUAGGCUCUGAGGUGCUAUCUGAAGCAGUCUUAGCUGCUUCAAUAUCACGCCACGUACCUGUCAGCGACGAUGUCCUUGACGAGCCUGAUAAUCUUAAGGCCUAUUCCAAUUUGAAGAUUUGUGAUGCGCUAUUCCUGAGCAAACUUCAUUCUCAUAUUGUUUAUUUCACGAAAGAUUUUAUAUCGAAAGCUUUUUCAUCCCCGAUUUUCACAAAAAAUAGUCCAAUACCCAUGUGGCGGCAGCUUCCAGCCUCAGAUGAGGAAAAAAGGAGGAUUCAACGAACUUUCUACCACUUUCAAAUCUAUUGUUAUAUAGUUUACGGGGGGGAAACGCCCUUCCGCGCUCAUUUACAUAUGGAUCAGAACAGAAUCUUCUUCAAUCAUUUCUCAGUCUGGGAAAACGAACAGUUAGCUUGCGUUCACGAUUACAUGUUUCGUAUCAUUGCUCCUGGCUUCGAUGAGCUCGUCGAAUAUGAUGUGAAAUGGGCCGAACAAAGGAUGCAGUACGCUUCUUUUGAUGAUCCAGAAUAUAUCGAGCCACUAAUCGCUCGUGGUCUUUUCGUAAUCCGCGAUAUGCUGGAAGCAAAGAGCUACGAACGAAUUUGCAAAGCUUACUGUCAGGACUCUCCGAACUAUUCAUCACAUCUCCUUGAUCAUGGACUCAGGAAUUCCACAGAAGGUAGUGGUGAAGAUGAAUUGUAUUAUUGGCUUGAGGAUUAUUCCAAGGAAGAUGAUGAUAAAUAUGUCAAUAGGUCUGUAUGGUGUGAUGAUGAUGAUAAGGGACCAGAACUAGUAUGGAGGUGGGCACGCCAAUUAUUUAACAGUAUUGACUUCGUUCUCUGCGAUAAGCAUAGAUUUGAGCGAGAAUGGGGCUACGUGAUGUGGGAUCAUAGUCGAAUUCUAGAAUUGGGUGUGAUGGAGAACGAAUGGGAGACGACGAAUGAUGCUGAAAAUGGUAGAGGAUCACGACCGUCAAAAGAAUCUAUGGAUAGGAGAGGCAAGAUAUAUCUUGCUGGUGGUAGGGGAUGGUGGACUGCCGAGGACGAAAGCAAAGUAGUUUGGCCACACGGUUGUGCGCCCUGGGAUCAACCUAAAGAGCCUGAUAGAUGGGACUCAAAAGAUGAAAGAUCAAUGGACGAGGCGAAGGAGUUGAUAAAGAAGUUGAAAAUACCUACUUUGAGAUAG